GUAUACAUUACAUACAUCAAUGUAUGAGCAUUGAGCAAGAAGUGACUAGCACUUUCAAACUGAUGCAGAAAACAAUUUUUCUUCAAGCUUUUUCAUAAUAGUUCGUUGAGUCAAUUUGACUAAAAGAUCUUACAGCAAUCCUUCGAGGAUUGUGCCUUCUUUCAUCAUGACUCUCACUAACAAGAUGGAGGUCGAUGAGAAAAUCAUGAAAGGCGAAGGUUUUAGACCAUAUUACAUUACGAAAAUCGAAGAACUUCAACUAGUUGUAGCAGAAAAAAGCCAAAAUCUUCGCCGCUUACAAGCGCAACGAAAUGAACUAAAUGCCAAAGUACGUAUGCUUCGUGAAGAACUUCAACUCCUUCAAGAACAAGGCUCAUAUGUUGGAGAAGUAGUCAAACCCAUGGACAAGAAAAAAGUUCUUGUUAAAGUUCAUCCUGAAGGAAAGUUUGUUGUUGAUAUUGAUAAAAAUAUUGAUAUCAAUGAUGUCACUCCUAAUUCAAGAGUUGCCUUGAGGAAUGAAAGCUAUACACUGCACAAAAUUCUUCCCAACAAAGUUGAUCCUUUGGUGUCUCUCAUGAUGGUAGAAAAAGUUCCUGAUUCAACUUACGAAAUGGUUGGUGGUUUGGAUAAACAAAUCAAAGAAAUCAAAGAGGUCAUUGAACUGCCAGUCAAACACCCUGAACUUUUUGAUGCCCUUGGUAUUGCUCAACCUAAAGGUGUUCUUUUAUAUGGUCCACCUGGUACUGGCAAAACUUUAUUGGCUAGAGCUGUUGCACACCACACAGAAUGUACUUUUAUUAGAGUUUCUGGAUCUGAACUUGUUCAAAAGUUCAUUGGUGAAGGAUCUCGCAUGGUCAGAGAACUUUUUGUUAUGGCUAGAGAACAUGCACCUUCUAUCAUUUUCAUGGAUGAGAUUGAUUCCAUUGGCAGUUCUCGUAUUGAAUCAGGUUCUGGUGGAGACAGUGAGGUACAAAGAACAAUGUUGGAGCUUCUUAAUCAGUUAGAUGGAUUUGAAGCCACUAAAAAUAUUAAAGUAAUUAUGGCUACUAAUCGUAUAGAUAUUUUGGAUCCUGCCCUUUUACGUCCUGGUCGAAUUGAUCGUAAAAUUGAAUUCCCCCCACCGAAUGAGGAUGCUCGUUUGGACAUCUUGAAAAUCCAUUCACGAAAAAUGAAUCUGACACGUGGUAUCAAUUUGAAAAAAAUUGCUGAACUGAUGCCUGGAGCUUCUGGUGCUGAAGUUAAGGGUGUGUGUACUGAAGCUGGCAUGUAUGCUCUGAGAGAGCGCAGAGUUCAUGUCACUCAGGAAGACUUUGAAAUGGCUGUUGCUAAAGUCAUGCAAAAGGAUUCAGAAAAGAAUAUGUCCAUUAAGAAAUUAUGGAAAUAAAUAAUAUGGAAAAUAUUCUGAAGUUGAAAACGUGGAGUGUAUACAAUUUUUUUAAUAAUUCAGUUUUUUAUAAGGCAAAUAACCUUAAACAUGAAAUUCUGUUUAAAAUUAUAGACUUAAUGAGUUAAACUACAAUCUACAAUAAAAAUAAAAUAUUUUAAGUUACAAAGUAAAA